AACUAAAAAUACAGUACUACUGAGGCCGUAGGGUGUGCAUUUCACGAAAAUGGAGAAUCUGCCGGUCUCGGCCGGUGAUGCCCCCGUCGAUAGCGGUGCCGGCGGAGGAGGCAGCAAAGACUAUUACGAGACGUGUGAGGAAGACGACGAGCUGGUGGUUUUGGAUGACGGCAGCGGAAACAGCGAGCAAGUGAGCAGUAAGAGGGCAGCGGACCGAGUGAAAGGGCCAUGGUCUCAGGAAGAGGAUGCAAUUCUCAGUAAACUCGUGAGUAACUUUGGCCCUAGGAAUUGGAGCUUGAUUGCGCGAGGAAUUGCAGGCACAUCGGGGAAGUCUUGCCGCCUCCGCUGGUGCAAUCAGCUUGACCCUGCGGUCAAACGCAAGCCAUUUACUGAGGAAGAAGAUCGCAUGAUCCUCCAGGCACAUGCUGUCCACGGAAAUAAAUGGGCAUCAAUUGCAAAGCUUUUGCCAGGAAGAACAGACAAUGCAAUAAAAAAUCACUGGAAUUCUACCUUGAGACGUCAUUAUGCCGCACUUGAAAAGUUUACAGGCGAGUUUGGCAACAUGAUGGAAGAUGUUAGUGUAGAAAGAUCUAAAGGAUCGUCUGAAGAUACUCAAUCGUGUGGAGAUGUUAAUUCAUCGAAGGAGAAAUGUUUCU